UCAGUUUCUCUGCUAGCGCACAGAAGAUUUUUAACAUGAACGUGAUUCUAUCAACCACUCUUUGUUUUGGACUCCUAACUUUGUUAUCUGUAAUGAUCUUUUUAGAAUCGGUGCAUGGGCUGCCAUAUUUUAUUCAAGGAAAUGAAUUGCUUCCAGAAAAAGAAGAUACAGAUGGUGAAGAACUAUUGCGGGCUCUACUGAACAAAAAUUUUGGCUUCCAAAGACCUUCCAACAUUGAUAUAGAACUGGCUAACAAGUUGGAGGAACUUAACCAGCUGGAAAAGCUGAAAGAUCAGCUCAUGGAAGCGAAGGAUGCUGAGAUGUCUUAUGCGAUAGAUGGUCUAUCUUCUUCCCAUCCUAAUAAGCGAGCUUGUUUUUGGAAAUACUGUGUCUAAAGUUUUUGCUCUGGGUGCAAAAAAGGAUAAGAACAUUAGAAAAAGUUACAUAUCUACCUACUCUACUGUUUAAAGAUCAAAGCUAUUUCAAGCAUAAAAAAAUAGUGGCAGAAUUUAUACAGCUGGUUACAUGCUUAAAGUUUAUGUUGUGAAUUGUAGUGACAAAUUAGUUGCCCUUGAAUGGCAUGAACUAUCAGAAUGACUCUGUAGAGCUAAAGUUGAGAGUUCUGUACCUAUUGUAUGCUUUCCAUAAAUUCAUUGUCUACAUAUCAUUUGGUUCAGUGAUGACUAAGUUGUUGAGCUAUCAAUUAAAAAAUUCAAAAAUUGCUUUGGAAAAUUAAAUUAUAUUGCCUGAAUCUAUGUGGAAAAUAUGUAUCUUUGUUCUUUCUCUUUUUUUGUGAUUCUGCUGGCUACUAUCUCUUUUCUGUUCAUUAGGAUAAUUGUUAAUAAGACUCUUAGUACCAAAUGAAUGUAUUACUAGGGAGCAGACGUCUUGUUUAUCGGACUCUAGGAAAAAGUAGUACUAGGUGUUUGAGAGAGAGAUAUUAAGAACAUUUUCUUACAUAACAAUUUGCCUUUGGGCCCCUUAAUUCUUAUCUCUGCCUUCAUCACAGUAUCAGAAAUUGAGACUUUUAGCAUGUCUGUGAGAGACUAGAUUCAGUGUGCUAAAAACAUCAAACAAAACACAAAAACUCAUUGAGUUUUUUUUUUUCAUUCAUUUCUUUCUCACAUCUUACCAUUAAACUGCUCUUGCUUAUGUCUGAACAAACUUAUUUAAUCAAUUCAAGGCUAGGAAUCCAACUUCACUUUUAUUUGCCACCUGUGGUGACACCGAAACAUUGUCAAAGAAAGUUUAUAAUUAAAAAAUAUCAGUGGUAGACUAUCAAUGGCCAGAUAGUCUACAGGCAUUCCCUUAUAUCACAGUACGGGGGAAAUGUAGUUUAUCUACAUAUGUUAAUUGUGUGGUUCUUAACAAUAAGACUAUCUUAUGACUUAGAAUGAGCACUAUUACUUAAGUGAAAAACAAUUUAAAAAUUCUUAAAUCAGACCAAGUUGAGUAAUAUACCUGUAGUGCUUAAAUAAACUUGUUAGGAGCCACUUGAAUGUACAUAAAUAUAUAGUUGCUUAACAAUGCCUGAAUGUUUCUCACAUGUUUACACCUGCUGUGAACACAAGCAUGAUAUUAUUGUUUUCAUCAUUUCAUGUUUAUUAACUUUCACUUAGCUGAAUGAUAUUCAAGCAUUUUUAAACUUUAGGGGUAAUGUUAUUCAAAAA